UUGCGACAGAUGAUUAUUUAAUCCUAAUCUAAUUCAUUUGUUACUGGAAUGAAACUGAUCAUAGUUAUGAAAUUUUAUUCUUUUUUUCGUUAAUUUUAGUUUGGUUACAGACAAGGGAAAAUGUCCGUUUUUUGUUAUGUACAAUGUCUCACACAAAAACAUCAUUUUCUAUUUUACGGAACGUUAAAUCUUGCUAAAACCACAUCAGACGUCACGUUACAAACGCAACUUUGAAAAUGUUUGCCACGAAUUUAUCAUUCAAGCUCCUCAAAACUCUCACAACCUCAAACUGCAAUGUUAGUCGAUGGUCAGCUCUAGAAAAAAUAUUUAACACCAAACCGGGCUUAAACCUCGACAUAGUGACAAAAAAUGUUGGCCUCUUUGGGGUGCCCCAACUCACCACCCAUGAGGGUUUUUACUACGUUACGCAAAAAUGCGUUGAAAAAACCGACGAUUUGGUGCGUGAGGCCCUUUCGAGCGACCGAAAGCGCAAAAUGGUUGAGAUUUUUGACGAAUUGUCUGACUCUUUGUGCCAAGUGGCUGAUUUGGCUGAGUUUAUUCGAUUUGCACACCCGUCUUCUGAGUACAUCGCGGCAGCGGAGCACACGUCAGUUGCCAUAAGUAAACUAGUCGAAAGAUUAAACACUAAUAUUCAAAUGUAUGAGGCUCUAAAGACUGCUGUGAAUACAACAGAUAUAGUGCCAACAACCGAGGUUGAUAACCUGGUCGGGAAGUUGUUUUUGUUUGAUUUUGAACAGUGUGGGAUUCACCUAAAUGAGCACAAGCGAAACCAAGUUGUUGAACUUAAUAACAAAAUUUUAUGUGCGGGGCAACAGUUCCUCAAUGGAAUAUCAAAUCCUAAGGUUAUCAAGCAGAGUGCCCUUCCGGACAGCGUCCGCGAUGUAUUUUCGAGCGAUGGCGACAAAGUCGUUAUUUCCGGCCUCUACGCCGACUCCUCCAACCCCCUCGUGCGUGAAAUGGCCUACAAGAUAUUCCUCUACCCCGACCCCAAUCAGGAAUACCUCCUCAACGAGUUGUUAUCUUCGCGACACGAGCUCGCCCUAGCGUGUGAUUUUGACACUUACAGCGAACGCGCCCUCCGUGGUAGCAUCCUAGACAAACCCCCCAAAGUCAUGGAGUUACUCGAAAAAAUCUCCGAAAGUAUCCAUAGCAAAGCAAUGGCCGAUUUCUCCGACAUGGCCCACUUGAAAAUGAAGGAGAACCCAAACGGGGGGCCACUCGCAGUUUGGGACGUCCCGUACUUCACCCAAAAAGCCAAAAGGGACCGGUUUGAGGUCACUAGCAAGGAAUACUCCCCGUAUUUUUCGCUCGGCGCUUGCAUGGAGGGCCUUAACUUGAUUUUCAAUGCUUUGUACGGCAUAUCUCUAGUUAACUCGGAAAUCGCCUCGGGUGAGACAUGGUCCAAAGAUGUUUAUAAACUAUCAGUGGUGCACGAGAGUGAGGGCUUGCUGGGGUACAUAUAUUGCGAUUUCUACGAACGUAACUUCAAGCCCAAUCAAGAGUGCCACUUUACCAUCCGUGGGGGCAAAGUCUUGCCCGAUGGUACCUACCAGUUGCCCAUCGUGGUCCUCAUGUUGAAUUUCCCGCUGCCACGGUGGUCCAGCCCUACCCUACUUUCGCCCAACAUGGUGGACAACCUGUUCCAUGAAAUGGGACACGCGAUGCAUUCAAUGUUGGCCAGAACCCAGUACCAGCACGUUUCUGGUACCCGCUGUAGUACCGACUUUGCCGAAGUACCAUCGAUUCUGAUGGAAUAUUUCGCAUCGGACCCCCGAGUUAUCAAACUCUUUGCCAAACAUUUCCAAACCAAAGAACCCAUCCCUGAACCCAUGCUGGUCAAGCUGUGCGCCUCGAAGACCCUCUUCAGUGCCAGCGAGACCCAGCUGCAGAUUUUCUACGCCGCCUUGGACCAGAUCUACCAUGGGAGACACCCACUGAGUGGUACCACCACCGAAAUUUUGGCGCAGACCCAGAACAGGUUCUAUGGGUUGCCGUAUGUGGCAAAUACCACGUGGCAGUUGAGGUUUAGUCAUUUGGUGGGUUAUGGGGCAAAGUACUACUCGUAUCUAGUGUCAAGGGCUUUGGCUUACUUGAUUUGGGAGACGUAUUUUAAAGUUGAUCCGUUGAGUCGUGUCCAAGGUGACAGGUACCGGAGGGAGUGUCUGGCGCAUGGUGGGGGUAAAAAUCCCUCCGAUCUGAUUGGCGAUUAUUUGAAGGUCAUCCCCACUCCCGGCCUACUGGCCAAUAGUUUGAAUAGUGAAAUUGAAAGUAGCCAAAGCCAACUGAACGAAAUGCGAAAUUAUUGCAAUAAAUUAUGAUUACUAUA